AUGGCCGGAGUGGGACGGUUGUUUUGCUCGGUGUGGAGUCGGUGUUCGGUGCCGGAACUGCGGGUUCCUUGUGCCGCUUAUCACAAGAAGGUUGUUGAUCACUAUGAGAAUCCGAGAAACGUUGGAUCCCUUGAUAAGAAUGCCAAGAAUGUCGGAACUGGUCUGGUGGGCGCUCCAGCAUGUGGUGAUGUUAUGAAAUUGCAGAUUGAAGUUGAUGAAAAUGGGAAAAUUGUUGAAGCAAAGUUCAAAACAUUUGGGUGUGGUUCAGCAAUUGCCUCAAGCUCUUUGGCUACCGAAUGGGUGAAGGGAAAAAACGGUUGAUGAGGCCAUGACCAUCAAGAACACAGAUAUUGCUAAAGAGCUUUGCCUUCCUCCAGUAAAACUUCAUUGCUCCAUGCUGGCAGAAGAUGCAAUCAGAGCUGCCUUGGCAGACUACAGGCUGAAGCAGGACAAAGAGCAGUCUGCAGUGAGCGGCUAG